AUGGGAAUUGAUCGAAUAAUUAAUAUCGAGACUGCACCCACUCAAUUAAUCAUUUACACAACAAAAGAGGGUCCAUCGGAUCAACUCACAAUUAAGAUUGAAGUGACUGAUUUAGAGGAUCGACGGAUAUUUCCUCUUAUUUCUUUGCAUGGACUAUUUCUUUUGCUCAAUCGAGGUCGAUAUACAAUUCCUUUCUUGAAACCCGAUCAUUAUUAUGGUAUCUAUAUGCAAAGUGAGAAUUUUGUGAAUGGCGAAAAAUUGCUUCACAAUGAGACACGAAUUGUGAAGACGAAUCCAAGAAAUGAUCAAAACUCAACCAAUGAAUUUGUUGAUCCAAAGUUUGAGAUUUACGUUCAUCGGAAUGACGAGAGUGGAUCGAAAAAUACGGAAGGGGUAUUUGUGACGGCGAAAUGGUUAAGUGAAAAGAGAAUCGAGGGAUCAUCAUUGUUGAUUCAUGUUUUCGUGAAAUGUGAGCACACAAGUGCAGAUGAAAUCGUUGUGUUGAAAGAUUCGGCGACGGGGAUAACUAUUGAAAUUGCUAUGGAUCAUCGUUUGGAAAUCGAAGAUCUUGAUGGAAAUCAUCAAAUCAAAGCAAAUAUCAUGCCAUUGAAGUGCAGAGAAAUUUGUUGGGAUGUCACCUAUUUGAUGAAUGUUUUGGGACGAAAUUUCUCAAGAUCUUUCAAUCAAACAUGCGAUCAAAUCAAAGGGACAACUGCUACCACUUUUGUUCGACAAUUACAAUCAUAUGAGAUGAUCGAUCAUCAAUUAUUUGUGAAUACAAAAGUUCAUUCGGAGAGUGAAAGUGAUGAGGAGAAAGUGAAAUUGAUUGCAAAGAAUCUCAUCUCGACGUCGAGUGAACCACUUAUUCAAGAAUAUAGG